AAAGAAAGAAAGGGGAAGUCCAUUCCGAUAUGGGGUCUCUCGCAGCGUCCACGGCAUCAGCCCCUCUGGGCGUCUCAGAAAUGCUGGGUAACCCUCUCAAUUUUACAGGCGCAGCCCGUUCGUCAGCUUCGACGGCGUCGAGUUCGUCCACCUUUAAGACUGUUGCGCUCUUCUUCAAGAAGAAGGCGUCGCCACCAUCCCCGAAGCCCAAACCAGCUGCUGUCUCUCCAGUCAACGAAGAGCUGGCCAAGUGGUAUGGCCCUGACAGAAGGAUUUUCUUACCGGAAGGUCUCUUGGACAGAUCCGAGGUUCCUGAAUACCUCACCGGUGAAGUUCCCGGAGACUAUGGUUAUGAUCCCUUUGGUCUCAGCAAGAAACCUGAAAAUUUCAGCAAAUAUCAGGCAUACGAGCUCAUCCACGCCCGAUGGGCAAUGCUUGGUGCUGCCGGCUUCAUCAUCCCCGAGGCCUUCAAUAAAUUUGGUGCAAAUUGUGGUCCAGAAGCCGUUUGGUUCAAGACAGGAGCUCUUCUCCUUGAUGGGAACACGUUGAACUAUUUUGGGAAGACCAUCCCCAUCAAUCUUCUUGUUGCUGUCAUUGCUGAAAUUGUUCUUGUCGGAGGUGCUGAAUAUUACAGAAUUAUCAAUGGUCUGAACCUGGAAGACAAACUUCACCCAGGUGGUCCAUUUGAUCCACUGGGGCUUGCAAAUGAUCCUGACCAAGCAGCCCUGUUGAAGGUGAAGGAGAUCAAGAAUGGAAGACUUGCCAUGUUUGCUAUGCUCGGUUUCUUCAUCCAGGCUUACGUGACUGGUGAAGGUCCGGUUGAGAACCUGACAUCCCAUCUCAGUGAUCCCUUUGGUAACAACUUGCUCACAGUGAUUUCUGGAUCUGUUGAAAGGGCUCCAACCCUUUGACUGUUUCAUCGUAUAAAAUUCUUGCACCCACAAAUGUACUAUAAUAAAUUCAAUGAGAAAUUCCAAGGCUUCUGACUCU